AUGUCUUUCGUAUUCCCCUCCUGGGCUACCGCCUUCUCCCCCGCCUUCCACCAAGAUGCAAAGGCCAUGCUCGAGGGUGCCCUCAACAAGGGGAACAAACCCCCCGUCAUUCAAGGACGCAUAGAAGUGGUCGAGCUCCAUAUGGGCGAACAACCUCCCACUCUCACCCUUCUAGAGAUCGGUGACCUGUCCCUUGACCGCUUCCGUGGUAUCCUGAGGCUAGGAUAUCAAGGAGACGCAUGGCUGGAAGUUAGAUGUCGCGUGCAAGCGAACCCGCUAUCCCACAACCCCCACCUCACAUCGUCCACUCUGCCCCUAUCCACACCAUUGAUCGCCUCCCAACCGUUAUUGGUGCCAAUGACUUUGCGACUUUCAAAACUCAACCUCCGCGCUAUUCUCAUCCUGGUCGUCUCUGCCUCAAAAGGUAUCACACUUGUGUUCAAGAAUGACCCCCUGCAAAAUGUUGAAGUCAGUUCGACUUUUGACUCGGUCGAGGUCAUCAGGGGCUACCUCCAGCAAGAAAUCGAGGGCCAGCUGCGAGAGAUGUUUAGAGAGGACCUCCCGGGUAUCAUUCAUCGACUCAGUCAAAAGUGGUUCUCUGGAGGCGGCGUUGGUGGACGGGUCGAGAUGCCCUACCGCGAUGCUCCUCCACCUGCCUAUGGGCCUAGCGACGAACCUGAGGAUGCCGAGGCAUCCGAAGAGCAAGACAUCUUCCCACCUCCUGUCAAUUUUGGUAGUCCUGAAAAGACCGUCGACUCGACUCCUCGGCGGGCUUCACUCGCCCGAGCUCAAAGCAGACGGUCCAACGCCACCACAGUUUCCGAAUCGCCAACGUCAUUCACAUCAUUUCCCGAUAUUGAAGAUUAUGAUCCUACAUACGGUCUUCGUCCGGAAGGCCUGCCAACGCACAGCGGAUACGAGGCUUUCGGAAGACUGUGGGAAAAGGCUAGACAGGGCCAAGGCCGAGGUCUGGGGAGUUUGAUAGGGAUGGGCGAAGAAGAUCUCGAAGAGGGGCCGGAACAAGACUUUGGGGAUCCGGGAGAUGUUAGCGAUGGCGAUUGGGACCAAGACGACGGACGCAAGAGCUUGGACAUGGUCGAGAUGGACCACGCUCUGAGGGCUAUACCGACCCCCUCGCGCAACAGAUCACCAGUCAAGGCUCGGCGGCGGCGGCAGAGUGUCAUGUCUGGCAAUUUUUCCUCUGCUACGACCGAAAAUGGACGAGAUGGGGAGGAAGUCGAAUGGGAAACGUUCCCUGCCGUCGGUGGUGGGGUCGUCUCGAGGCCCCGGGUAUUCCAUGUGCAGAGUCAAAUCCGGGCACCGUCAGAGGCUGGGGGUGCUAUGCCUAGUCCUUCAGCGACUGGUACAGGUGGAAGUGUUACGGCCAGAGCCAGCUCUGUUGGCGCCGCGUCGUCGACAAUAGGGAGCCUCAGAAUGCGGCCUCUGAACUCGAUCUCCCCGGGCAUAGCAUCCCCAGGAGUAUUCACGCCGGGCUCAUCCAACCUACGGCGCAUGGUCACUUCCCGCUCCGACGUAUUCUUGGCUUCUCCUACAUAUGGCAAAAGUCAACUACCUCGCGCCGAGUCUUUUGCCGCCCUACCACCAUCAUCCUAUAAAGCGACGCCUUCCCGCCCGUUAUCGUACGGCGCUCCAUCGCACCAUCGACCAAGGCAUUCAGUUGCCACAGGUUCAUCCUCCGCGGCCAGAACGUCAGGAUCUAGCUGGGGAGAGACGGACGGCCCCAGUCGGUCGGCCACGCUCUCAACAAUGGCUUCGUCCCAACGACCACCGUCCAAACAAUCAGCUUCAUCAAAGGCGCGGCCGAUGUCGGUACCUCUCCCCGUGCCUGGGUCUCGCCUGAAACAUGAGCGCGUACCUUCUGUCUCAGUCACCGGCACAUCACCAGGAAAUGCCCACAACGGCUCUUUCCCUCCCCGCCAUACGGGGCCGAACGGCAUCACCCUCCCUCUGAACAACUCCGUUUCUCAGCUAGCCACACUUUCCCACUCGGCGCACACGCUUUCCCCAUAUGCUAGAGGACACGAGCAUAUCGCUGUACGGUCGUUCCCGUACCAUCUGGCACGAACGAGAUCAGGGUCCGGUAGUGGAGCGUGGAAUGGUGCAGGGGCGAGUGGCUCUGGAAGUGCAGCGGGGAGUGCGGUAGGCAUGGGAGGAUUGGGGGAGCUAGAUGUGAAGGCAAAGAGGAAGAGAAUAUUCAAGAUUGGCAGGGGGGAAUGA